AUAGUUUAUAACUCGUUUAUUAGUGGUUUCACGUAUUAUUAUCACAAUGUCGAAAAUAAAGGCUGGACCCGUUGUCGACAUUUUGGGAGAUGAAAUGACCAGAAUUAUCUGGGAUCUCAUUAAAGACAAACUCAUUUUACCAUUCUUAGAUAUUGAAUUACAUACUUAUGAUUUGGGUAUGGAAAACCGUGAUGCCACUGAUGACCAAGUCACAAUUGAUUGCGCAAAUGCCGUUAAGAAAUAUAAUGUUGGUAUCAAGUGUGCCACUAUUACUCCAGAUGAGAAGCGCGUUGAAGAGUUCAAGCUGAAAAAGAUGUGGAAAAGUCCCAACGGUACUAUUCGUAACAUUUUAGGUGGUACUGUAUUCAGAGAGGCUAUAAUUUGCAAAAAUAUUCCCCGUCUCGUAACUGGGUGGGAAAAGCCUAUAAUCAUCGGCCGUCACGCUCACGCUGAUCAGUAUAAAGCAACAGACUUUGUUGUACCAGGAGAAGGUAAACUAGAACUCAUCUGGACUCCACCUUCAGGGCAGCCGAUCAAACAUGUUGUUAAUGACUUCAAAGGUGCUGGCGUUGCUCUUGGUAUGUUCAAUACCGACGCAUCCAUUGUCGAUUUUGCCCAUUCUUCGUUCAAAUAUGCCUUGGAUAGAGCAUACCCUCUAUAUUUGAGUACAAAGAACACCAUUCUUAAAAAAUAUGAUGGACGCUUCAAGGAUAUAUUCCAAGAAAUUUACGAAAAGGAAUAUAAGUCUCAGUUUGAAGCUAAAGGCAUUUGGUAUGAACAUAGACUGAUUGACGAUAUGGUUGCCUAUGCAAUGAAAUCGGAGGGUGGUUUUGUUUGGGCUUGCAAGAAUUAUGACGGAGAUGUGCAAUCAGAUUCUGUUGCUCAAGGUUAUGGGUCCUUAGGUCUGAUGACUUCAGUGCUUAUUUGUCCUGAUGGAAAGACCGUAGAAGCCGAAGCUGCUCACGGGACCGUAACUAGGCAUUACCGAUUCUAUCAACAAGGGAAGGAAACAUCGACCAACCCGAUCGCCUCCAUUUUUGCGUGGACUCGAGGCCUUCUGCAUCGUGCUAAAUUGGAUAAUAACACAGAAUUGAAGAACUUCGCAGAAACUCUUGAGAAUGUUUGCAUUAACACAAUUGAAUCUGGAGUGAUGACUAAGGAUUUGGCGAUUUGUAUAAAGGGAAUGAACAAUGUUCAAAGGUCGGACUAUUAUGAAACCUUCGAAUUUAUGAACAAACUGGCGGAAAAUUUAAAGAAAAGUUUAGGAAAGUGACUGAAUGAAAGUAUGUUAAGAAGUAACCUUUGAUUAUUUCUCAAUUCUAAAUUAUUUUGUAUCACAAAUGGAAUUAAGGGUAUCUUUUUAUCAAACAGUAAUUUGUAUUUAACGCAUUUAUUUAUUACAUGCUUUUGUAUUAAGGAAUAAAUGUUGAUUUACAUU